GUUACGGAAUACUUUCCCCUGGGCCCUGUGACCUCCGCGUCACGCAGUUUCUUGCGCUUGCGCCUGAAUGGCGACUGCCGUGAGCUCUUCGUCUUAAGGCAGGCGGGCGUGGCGCCUGCACUUUUCUGCCGUGCAAGUUGGCCGAAGGCCCUGAGGGCCCGGUUAUUUCCGUCUGCAGACGAGGAUGUCAGGCGGGUGUGGGGUGUGGCUCUGCUCC